GGGGGGGGAGGAGGCGGGGGGAAGCUGGACCCGGGGCUCAUCAUGGAGCAAGUGAAGGUGCAGAUCGCCGUGGCCAACGCGCAGGAGCUCUUGCAGCGGAUGACGGACAAGUGCUUUCGGAAGUGCAUCGGGAAGCCCGGCGGCGCCCUGGACAACUCCGAGCAGAAGUGCAUCGCCAUGUGUAUGGACCGGUACAUGGACUCCUGGAACACAGUUUCGCGAGCCUACAAUUCUCGGCUGCAGCGGGAGAGAGCCAACAUGUGACGUCUACCGGCCGCCGGGCCGAGAGGGACCAUGUGGGGAAGGGACAGCGGCCAGUCCAGGUGGUUAGGGGUGAAUCCUGCUGCCCCUUCCCAGCCCUUGCCAUGGCAGAGCAAUAAAACCUCGCUGAACCUUUUGCA